AUGCACUUGUCCUCGCAGGAAGUGAACUAUUUGAUAUGGCGUUAUUUCCAAGAAGAAGGCCUUGAGCUCAGUGGCCAUGCACUGGACCGAGAGAUAUCGGCUUCUUCCGGUCAAGGUGCGCUUGUCGAGAGUUACGAACGUGGGGACCUGGUCCGUUUACUGCUUCGCGGAUUACAGCUCACAGAAGUCGAACUAGCGGCCGCAAAGGCCGUGGAAGAGAACAGAAAUGAUACUGAGCAAGCAGAAAAGCCCAUGGAUGGAAUCACACCAGCGACCACUGUGUCAGAAGCUGUGAAGCCGCCUGCGAAAUCUACGGAUGGUUUGGAGCCCACAAAGACGCUGCCUGCGGGUUCAGCAGUGAGCUUUGGUGGCGAUUUACUAGCACUCGGUACCAAAGACAAGGAUGCCUUAAUUUUAUUACCGUCAGGGACAGAGCUAGCUCUCAAGUAUGCUUCAAGAGCGUCGCCCGACGCCCACGCAACUGCCGUGGCUUGGACGCCAACCAAUGAAGUAGUAGCGGUUGGCACGUUUUCUGGGUCAAUUCGUCUUUGGACUGCUGAUGGAGCUCUGCUCAAGGCUCUGCCCUCUAGCCACUCGGCUCCAAUUGUGUCGUUGAAGUUCAAUCCAGACGGAAGCUCUCUAGCUUCGGUGGAUGUGACUGGCGGUGUUUCCAUAUGGGACAUUGGUGAAGGUAUCGCAAAAUACACAAGCGAACGACCAGAGGGUCAAAUGCUUGUAGAGGUUGAGUGGAUUGACGAACUGACGCUGGCGUCAACUCAUCCUGACGGUGUUCCGCUUGGUGGAGUCGCGAUUUACAAGAUUGGCGAGAGCUUACCAACGGUCAGAUUCCGUGGACACAUCCGUGCGGUCACAAUACUUGCCUUUGAUAAGUUGUCGCAACUGCUGGCUUCCGGAGGUGACGAUUAUGUCGUAAAUCUAUGGCAUGCCCGUACCCCUACUCCGGUUCGGACACUGACCCAUCACCGUGGGCCAAUUACUGCUCUUAACUGGCUACCAGGUCCAUUGGGUCUCGCUCUCGAUGGUUCGAAAAUUGCCUCAAUGCUGAUUACCGGCUCGGCCGACGGGUCAGUCGGUCUUUGGGAUCUCGAUGCCACCCCUCCAAGUCUUAAAUGGGAAAUCGACUUUGAGUCCGCUGUUACAUUAGUUGAAACAAAUUCAACGAAUAAUCUAAUUGCUGUUGCAGGCAGCGAUUCCGUUAAUAUUUACACGAUUUCUCCCACAGAGUGCUCUUUGGUUGGGAAAUGCGCCUACCCAGGAGCACUGAGCUUGGCCUGGCACGAUCGCACACUCGCGAUCGCAACUAACUCGACAACUGUUUUAUUUAGUGUAUGA